CGUGCUCUAUGUCAAACGUCUGUGCCAUGUGCAGUGUUUUAGGAUUUAAUCAGGUCCUCAGUGCGACAUGUCUAUAUCAUUCAAUUUAGCCCUUCGACCGGGCACAGCAGAAUUGUCAAUACUCGCUUUUUAUGGAUAUCUAGUCUAUCCAAUCCAAGUUGCACAGCAAAGGUCUCACCACCUUCUCUACCGAUCACCUCGAGCCGACCGGACUUCGCAAACGAUGGGGCUGCGUAGACGUACACUAUAAAAUGACCACUGGCGGGCCAUAGCAGAAGCAACUCAACCCCUCUGCGCCCGUUCUUGUUUUCAUCGCCGGUUACCUACUUUACGGAUUCUACCUACCAUAUGGACGGCCUACCUCCCGCACCGAUUACCUCACUUACCCCAGAGCUCGCAGAGAGGCUUCGCGAACAAACGCUGGACGUACUGUCAUACCUCGUGAAGACCAACUCUACAACUACCUACUUUAAGGAAUCCGCAGUUCUACCGCGGUUCCGGGCUGCACUGCAUCUCACCGAUGGCAGCCAAGUAGACGCCCUGGAUUUAUCUGCGACAGAGUUGUUCGAGGUCUAUCAUAAUAACGUAGGACUGAGCGUUUACGAGGAUUACCUCCCCGUUAUUUCGCGCUUCUUCGAGCACCCAUGCAACAAGUCGUCGGUAGAGAACCUUAUGGCGCCUGGUCUUCCCGUCUUUAUUGCCCACUCCUCGGGUACCUCUGGGGGUGCAGCAAAAUACUUCCCGAAAUACCACCACCCAGAGCACAUGUCGAAGGCGAUGGCUGAGACAAUCAGACGUGCUAGCCCGCCUAGCAGGAACGGGGAAGGCAAGAACUGUAUCACGUUCUCCCUUGCAUACCGUCAGAUCAUAACACCUGUGGAUGAGGUUGGAAACAUAGCCAAACAGAUUGCUGUAUGCUUGCUCUCGAGUGGACUGGGCCGUAAGGAAAGCAACAUGCCCGUGGAGAGAGACGCGUUCUCUUCCACUCUAAGGGUUCCUAAUUGCUCGUCGCCAAUUGCUGUUUCCUUUAUCUCCGACUAUAAAUCAUUCCUCUUCAUGCAUGCUCUCUUUGCAUUGGUGGAACCCAACCUCGAGACCAUCAACCCCAUAUUCACCACCGGAUUCCGGGACUUAUGUCGCACGAUUGAGGAUCAUUGGGAGGAUCUCAUUCACUGCAUCGAAACGGGCGUGAUACCGGAUAUAAAUGGGAUCGAAGCUGUGAAGGAUAAUCUUCAGCAUUUCCUUCAGCCGAGCCCGGAUCGCGCUGAGGAGUUGCGCAGGAUUGGCAAAGCAACUGAGACUCCAGGGUGGUUCAGGCGGAUUUGGCCACAGUUACGUGCCAUCCUGGCAAAUGCCAGUGGUCCGUUCGCCACCCUCAUCCCAGAGAUCCGGCAUUACACUGGUCCUGAUGUGUCUAUUCAAUCUGUGGCCAUUGUUAGUAGCGAAGCGUUUUUGGCCGUUGCGUACGAUCCAAGGGAUCUCAACCUGUACAAAGUUAUCGGUUCCGAUGACGUCAUCGAGUUCCUACCUGUAGACGAACCAGAGGAAUCCAAAUAUCUCGCUCAAUCGUGGAACGUCGAAUCCGGAAGGAAAUACGAAGUCAUUCUAACAACGAGAGAUGGAUUCUGGCGGUAUCGCCUUGGAGAUGUCAUUGAGAUCGUGGGAUUCGAUCCCCGCGAUGGACAACCCCUUAUCAGGUACAUUGAGCGGAGAAACAUGCACAUCCGCCUUGCAAACGAAGUGACAACAGAAACGCAAUUGCGGAAUGUGGUUGAUGCCACGUCCGACUUGUUUGGAAGAGUUUCUGAGUUCUGCGUUUCCCCUGACUAUCGUCAGGCUGCUGCUCGGUACGCAUUCUUUGUGGAAUUACAGGGCGAUCCUGGCGCAGACAUUUCUGCGACGCCCGCUGCCUUGCAUGAUCAACUGAAGAAACACAACGAGAAUUACCUGAAAGAUAGUCGAAUGGGAAAAAUCGGCGUACCUUGCGUUCGGGUGGUCCAACCGGGGACUUUUGGUGACUACAGAGCAUGGGUGAUCAGAACGAAGGGAGGUGCCUCGGGGCAGGUUAAGGUACCGGUGGUGAUCUGGAGCGAGGCUGACCGUACAUGGCUGGAGGAGCACGUUAUGUAUGAUAUUUGACGGAAGGUGGAUAGGUAUUUCGCGUUGUGAUAUUGUAGCUUGAUCCAGCUUCGUCUCCCGCAUUUCGGACACUGUAGAUCCUUUUGGUGGUCGGGCUGCGCCGACCGUUCAGCUCCGCGGAGGUGAGGCAGGCAUGGCCGCUCGGGACGGUGGGACACCUGCUCACCCUGACAUGACCAGCUUCUGAUGAGAGGGUUC